GUACUGCUACGCCGUCCUCUUUAUAUCAGCCUCUUUUUUCGGAGGAAAACAAAGCCAGUUAACAUUGGAAGUCGGUAAAUUAGCAUUGGAAAUUAAUGCCGUUACGAAUUGUAACUUUACACCAGACCAACACAGCAAGAUUUGACGUGCCAAGUUUGAAAGUCAAUCAAGCUCUCCUAAUGAUACAUCAGCAUUAAGGGUACUUCCAAACUUCCUAAGGAUGGCUAGUUGUGGGGAGGUAGACCACUCUGUUAGCUCACUUCCAUCCAGUAAGAAAGGCAGCAACAGUGGUGGUGGAAGUGGGAACAGUGCAGAAUCAUCAUGCUCUGGUUCCAGCAACUCAUCCCCAGCCCUGUCUGUACCAGAGUGUGCCAUCUGUCUGCAGAGCUGCGUCCACCCAGUCCAACUGCCAUGCCAUCACGUCUUCUGUUUUCUGUGUGUGAAGGGAGCAUCCUGGCAGAGCAAACGCUGUGCUCUCUGCAGACAGGAAGUACCGGAUGACUUCCUGGAAAGGCCUACACUUCUCUCUCCGGAGGAUCUGAAAGCCUCGGCAGGAGGUCGGGGUGGGGCAGCAAGUGAUCAUGCCUGGUAUUAUGAGGGUCGUAAUGGUUGGUGGCAGUAUGAUGAGCGAACCAGCCGCGAGCUGGAGGACGCUUUCUCCAAGGGCAAGAAAACAGCUGAAAUGCUGAUUGCUGGUUUUUUGUAUGUAGCCGACUUGGAGAACAUGGUACAGUACAGGCGCAAUGAGCAUGGUCGUAGACGCAAGAUGAAGAGGGACAUUUUGGAUAUCCCCAAGAAGGGAGUGGCAGGACUGCGUUUGGACACUGAAGGUGUUACUGGGGCCAUUGGGACAGCAGGUCGAGAAAACUCUGCCGAUGGGGCUGAUACCACAGUAGCAGGUGUACAGCAGCAGGUUACAGGUAUCCCCUCUACUGUUACAGCCCCUCCAGCCACUGCCAGACCUCCCACCUCCCUUGGUGGUCAACCUAGCAGCAGCAGCAGCCCCACUCUGGAAGAUGCUCUCUCCCAGCUGCAAAUCAGCCCCAGGCCCACACCUUCUCAUGAGCGGUCUGAGGCUGGGGAAGGAGAGGAAGAAGAUGAGGAAGAGGAGGCCUCACCCUCCAGGUCCUCUGACCCUCACACCUCUGUGGACGAGUCUGGCUCUGGCGACUGGAGCGAUGAUGAGGAAGAGGAUGAUGAAGAAGAAGAAGAGGGGGGAGAUGGAGAGCGUGUGGAGCCCUGGGAGGAUAGGCCACGGAGACAAAGACUGAAUCCAGAGGACAGAGCCCCUCCUGGCGCAGAGUCCGCCUCUCCCCCUUCUUCAUCCAGUAGCACUGGAAGGUCCAGAAUGCCUGAUGGCCAGUGUACAGUGACUGAAGUGUGAAGUCAUCGUUGAUACCAUCAUCACCAACUGGCUAUGUUGCAUUUCAUUAAUUUAUUCCUCACUGUAUGCUGUCGUUCACUCUGUCACGGAUGGGAUGUGGGUGGAUUGCUUGGUACAAGAGAAAUUAAGCAUAACAUACUUCAUGUUUUUAGGUAAACAACUCAAUUUUAGCAAUCAAAUUUGGUGCCUCUUUUUGGCUCACAAUGAUCUGGAUGUAUCUGUAUGAUUUGUUUGUCGGUCUCUUCCUAUAUACAUAUAUACCCAGCAAGUAGAAGUAAUAUUGGGUUUUAUGUUCUAGUUCUGAGACAGGAGGUAAAGCUUGGUAAACAGCCAGAUGGAUACAGCAUGUUGUUGUGAGCCAUGAAAUCUCAUAUUUGUCAAUCCAGCACAUCAUGUGAGGGAGGUGUGACAGACUUAUUGUGGUGUUCAGCUGCCAUUUGUCUGCUCACUUUUUGCCAUUUGGUUUGCAGGCAUAUGGAGUCUGUUCUUUCUAAAUUCCACAGAAGUGGAAGUUAAAAGGUAAAAGUGACUCGCCAACCUGCUUCUGCCAAUCCUAGGUAUUCUUGUGUUGAAUUGAAAGUUAUGAUCUUAAUACCCAGAGGGUUUCUGGGAGUCUCAGCCAGAUCUGUGAUGUUUUACAGAGAAAGCAUAAAUAGGGAUGUUACUCCUGGAAAUUAUCAUGAACGGCUGCAUUCUAAUCAUCUACACUUUAACUCUCUCAGCUAACAAAGCACACAGAAAUUGACUUGUUAGAGCUCAAGUCAUCUGACUACUCUUGCAAAGAAUUUAAUCCUUGAAAACUUGUUCCCAACCUCCACCCUACCUAAAUGAUUUCCUUACUUCAGAUUUAACUGAUUGCGACGCCUUUCCUUCAAAUUUCUGAAAUGUAACUGUUAACUUUUGUAAGUGUGUCAUUUCAGAGCAGAUUGUGGUUUGAAGAAAAUCUUCAGGUUGUUUAUCCAGAUGAAGAAAGGAAACAGAAGUACUUACUGACGCUCUUAAGCUAUGUGGGUAUUUAAAUUUCACACUUAAUGUGCAACAACAUAGUAAUGUAACUCAGGAGCCCACAAGAUUAUCUCGCUACUUAUCUAGCAUUUGUCUUUGAUUUGAUUUAAAUUAACCUGCAGUGUUCUGAAAUUCUAAAAUCUGUAGAGUUUACAAAUGUUUUAAGUCAAUGUACAUAAUAGAAGUACAUAUCAAAUUUAUUUGAACCUGUCCCAGCUUUGAAUAAUUGGCAUUUUAAUGUGAAGUAUCAGUGUUUUCCUUUUUAAAGCUGUUGAGGCCUCUGUAGCCUCAGUAUUCUUAUUGUCCCUGACUAAAGUAUUCUCAAUUGGUGUGUUUCUAAAGUUUUGUGAUUUGUGCAUGUUUGAAGAGAGAGUUAUUUAAACACUACUGGUUGGCAGGAUGUUAAGAAUUCAUAUUUUUGGGUUGAGUUUGAGUAAUUGUUUUUAAUUCUGUUUUGUUUUUUUGGUUUUUGGUUUUUCUUUCUUUUGCAUUUCUUAUUGUUGUAAAUCAUACUACAUCUGAGGCAGUAAGAGAACAAGAACAUGCCAUUGCUAUUGGCCAUCCUGCAGAGAUUUCAAGUUAUGUUAUUUUUAUAUUUCUUACCUGCUUACAUCAUCAGCUCAGUCUUAGACUUUCCAUUCUGAAAAUAAAGUUUGUGUAACAGUUUUUGCUUGGCAAGUUUUUUUGUUACAUGGUUUGUAAUUUAAGAAUAAAUUGUCAUUUCAUCAUCCUAAAAGGAUAAAAUA